CUCAAAAGCUUUGCUGCUGCUGCUGGGAAUCGAAACCAACAUCUCGAGGUACAAGUACAAAUCGAACCAGAAAAUCGAUUUUCAAAGGAAGACGAAGAAGAAACCUCUAUAGGUCAAAAAUGGCAGGAGCAGCAGCAGCGAAUUUUUUGUUCAGGGUUCAGGGUUCAGCGAAUUGUUUGUUCUGUCAAAUUGCACGUUCAUUGACUUCCAACACUCUCCUACACACAGAUGAUAAGGUCGUUGCAUUUGAAGAUAUCAAUCCAUCUGCCUUUAGGCAUUAUUUGGUGAUCCCAGUGAAACACAUUGCAACUGUCAAAGACCUCCAAAGGAGUACAGAAGAUUUUGAUUUGGUGAGUCACAUGCUGAAUGUGGGGCAGGAUCUAGUACAUAGGGAUGCCCCCGAGGCCGAGGAAUACAAAUUUGGAUUUCAUCGACCUCCAUUUAAUAGUGUUGACCACCUCCAUCUCCACUGUUUUGCACUUCCUUUUAUACCUAGGUGGAAACAUGUAAAAUAUGUGUCGCUGGGACCCCUUGGGGGAUUCAUAGAGGCAGAGAAAUUGUUGCAGAAGAUAAAGCCCUAAAUGCAAAUACACAGCUAGUGUAUUAUAAAAGAGAAUUGUUUAUAUUAUUUGAUAUCCCAUUGAUUGUGGGACUGAACUAACAGAUUGCCGUGCCUAUAUAUCUGUUGGUUCUGGGGUUCAUGAUACCGUAAGUGCUCAAAGUGACAGAAAUACAAAUUGUCAAAUUUUAAUUAUAUCAAUAUUGUAUCAUUAAUCUUUUAUACUGAAGAAGGAUUCGGAGGAAGAAGAAGAAGACCCAGCUGUUCAACCGCCAUUUUCAUCUUGUCAAGUAUGCAUUCUUCAUCCAUCGCUGUUAGUGAUCCUUUUGUUUUUUUAA